AGACCUGAAGCACCAGAACUGUCUCUUUCCAAACCUUUAUUUUGUUUUCUAACAGUUAUGGCAGACAAUCAUUCAUAUUCAAAAAACUAAAUAACAAUCUUGAGCUCAGAUUCAACACAGCAGCAAAGGGUCAAAGUACACAAGACACAAUCAGUAAGAUAAUAAAAAUGCAGAAACUUUACCCUCUCAAAACACUUACCAGGAAAUGACUGUCUCAUUAUUCCACUGCUUUCUGUCGUAUCUGAAUACCUGGACAAAAUCAAAAACAAAAUAGGAUCAAGAAGGAUUUAUGAGAAGUUUGUUUUUGAGUAGACAACAGAUCUUUGUAAUUCGUGUGGUUAUUUAUGGAUCGUUCGUAAAGAAUGGAAAUGGAUUCACUAUCUUUAGAAGAACUUUCUUGUCCUGUGUGUAUUGAAAUCUUCAAGGAUCCUGUUGUUUUAUCAUGUAGUCACAGUUUCUGUAAAGAGUGUCUCCAACAGUUCUGGAGAACUAAAAAAACUCAGGAGUGUCCUGUCUGCAGGAGAAGAUCCUCAAGAGAUGAUCCUCCAUGUAAUCGUGUUUUAAAAAACUUGUGUGAGUCGCUCCUGAAGGAGAAGAAAGAGAAGUGUUCAUCAGAGUCUGAGGAGCUCUGCAGUUUACACAGUGAGAAACUCAAACUCUUCUGUCUGGAGGACAAACAGCCGGUGUGUUUAGUGUGCAGAGAUUCAGAGAAACACAUCAAUCACACAUUCAGACCCAUCGGUGAAGCUGUUCCAACUUAUAAGGAGGAGCUCCAUAAAGCACUAAAGUCCUUACAAGAUAAACUUCAGUACAAAGCAAACAUUAAAGAAGAGUUUGAGAAAACAGUUCAACACAUCAAGUCUCAAGCUGAUCAAACAGAGCAGCAGAUUAAACAGCAGUUUGAGACGCUUCAUCAGUUUCUCAGAGAUGAAGAAGAAGCUACAAUCACUGCACUGAGGGAGGAAGAGGAGCAGAAGAAGCAGAUGAUGAAGGAGAAGCUGGAGGAGAUCAACACACACAUCUCAGCUCUUUCACACACAAUCAAAGACAUGGAGGAGAUGAUUAAAGACAGUGACGUCUGCUUUCUGAAGAAGUUUCCAGUCUCAAUGGAAAGAGUCCAGAUCUCAUCACAGCCGGAUCCACAGACUCCUUCUGGAGCUCUGAUUCAUGUGCCACGAUACUUGGGCAACUUGCCCUUCAGAGUCUGGAAGAAGAUGAAGGACAUCGUCCAGAACACUCCUGUGAUUCUGGAUCCAAACACGGCUCAUCCACGUCUUCUCCUGUCCAAUGAUCUGACCAGUCUGAGAUGGAGCAACAUCAGGCAACCACUUCCUGAUAAUCCAGAGAGAUUUGACAUCUAUCCCUGUGUUCUGGGUUCAGAGGGGUUUAACUCAGGAACACACUGCUGGGAUGUGGAGGUUAAAGAGAGCUCAUCCUGGGGUCUUGGUAUAACUACAGCAUCAAACCAGAGGAAGGGAGGUGAUUUCUUUAAGACUGAUGUCUGGAAUGUGCAGCACAAAAUGUUUGAAGACUUUGGUUUUUUAGUUGAACAUGAUCUUGAGCGUGUGAGAGUGAAUCUAGACUAUGACAGAGGAACAGUGUCAUUCUCUGAUCCUGUAACUAACACACAUCUACACACAUUCACAACCACCUUCACUAAAACAGUCUUUCCGUUCUUUCAUAGCAUUUACCCUCUGAAGAUCUUACCAUUACAUUAUUCUAAGUCUAAUACAAUCUACAACCAAAGUAAAUUCUAGCAUGAACCAGGGACGGCUUUAGGGGUGGGCUAAGGAAGAUGGAUCCCCAAAUGUUUUCAGUAAAGCCCUGAAUGCUUUUAUGACCAUGUUUUGUGCGCAUCAUCAUGAGUUUUCAUGUGCAUCAAAAUAAUUUCUAUUAUACCAGCACUGCUUUAGAUAUUACUGUAGCCUAUAAAUUCAUAAUACCAAUCUCAUCAUCUGUUAAAAUUUUAUUAUUGUUCUUGUACUGUACAUAAAUGGUAAACUGAAGCAGGAUGCCUUAAUCAGUUUUAGUUUUAGUUUUGUUUUUACCUAAUCAAUUCUGAGUUUUAAUCUAAAAUCAAUGACAAUACCCAGGGGAAUUCUGGGCCCUGUGCACUUAAUUUGGUAUGAGGUCCCCUAAUUUGCUUAAAAUUUUUUUUAAAAAUCAACACUACCAAAGACAAAAACAGUUUUGAACAAUGUCAACCAAUUAAACAGACAAAAAUGUUUAUAUU